AUGUUACGCUUUGACAGCAUCCUCAAGUUUGCCCUGGUCCCGUCGAUAAUCUACUUUCUCAUCUCCCUCGUCGCCGUGGCACUGACGACGCAUUAUUGGAUCCUGACCGACUGGAUUGUGCCCCGAGGCCUUACCGUGGUGACGGACCAAUUCGACGACCGCCUGCAGCGCUACGUGACGGAUGAAACCAUUGUCUACUUUACCGACGCCGAUACCGAUGCCACUGUUGUUUCGGGAUGUUUGAAUCUGGCGGCCGCCGUCAUAGCCCUUAUCGCGUGGAGCACCUUGCGGAAGCCAGGCAUGGACUCGGUAAUUAAUGCGUCUGUACGCCGAUUCUGGAUCCUCAGCAUCGUCUUCAUGUCUAUUGCCGGCGCCGUCAUGGCUAUGGUGUCACUCGCCCUGCACUACACAAAACAGGGCAACGACAAAUGGGGCUGCACCCACGAAAGGCUGAUGAUGAGUGGGAAAAUGAACUCGAACGUGUACUGCACUCGUGAAAUGGGAGCAUGCCAUUAUCAGCCCAACUUUAUCCGCGGUUCCGACAAGAACAAUGCCAGUAUAGCCUGCAGCGAAGCCGUGACAGUCAAAUGGAUGCAAAUCAUUCUGAUGGUCCUCGGUCUCACAGUAUUAACCAUGUUCUCUCUCCAGGCCUACAUCCGGAGAACGACGCGGGAGACACGACUCCAGAGCAAAGAGCCAGUACCUGAAGAGGGCUAA